AUGGUGCCCUCUGAAGUCAUGGGAUAUGACAGAUUUGGAGAGCUCUUUGACCCUCCUGACACCCAAGCUGCAAGGCAAGCGCACAAGGGAGGCAGCAAGAGGGAAGCAGCAAGAAGGAAGCAGAAAGAGGGAGGUAGCAAGAGGGAAGAUGAGGAGGAGGAGGAGGAGGAGGAGGAGGAGGAGGAGGAGGAGGAGGGGAAUGGUGGGGACGAUGAGCACGAUGAGGAGGAGGAUAGGAAGCAUGGGAAGCCCCUUGGUUUGAAUUAG